AUGUCGCCAUCUCUUGUACGAAUCGAUGCCGCUGAGUCUCUUGAAAAUAUUCUAGGCGUUAUUGAACGAGAUGGAGGUGUGAUAGUCACCAACUUCCUGUCCCCAGAAGUGCUGAAAGAGUCGAUGGAUGCCAUCGAGCCUCACUUUUCCGGCCGCAAGCUGUAUGACUCCAAAGCCACUCACGAAGAGCUUGGAGCAGACUUCUUCCCAGAAGGAUCCCAACGGGUCUACGGACUGCUGGCCAAAAUGCCAGAUCAAUUGACCAAAAUCAUGCGUCUUCCAGUCUGGCAGGGUAUUAUGGCACACUUCUUGAACGAUGAAUUUGCUUCUUACACAGGAGAAACACUCGUGCCUCAGAAAAGUGGAUAUAUGCUGGCGUCAACUGCAGCUUUGCGCUUGGUACCGGGUUCCAAGCCUCAACCACUACAUCGAGACCAAAUUGCGUACCAGAUCAGACCUGAUCCCAACAAUCCUCUGUUCACACCGAUGGUUGGAUGCUUGAUCGCAGGAUCGAGAUGUACUUUCAAGAAUGGAGCUACUGCUGUCAUCCCUGGCAGCCAUCUGUGGGGAACAGAUCGUGCUCCCAAGGUAGAUGAGGUGACAUUUGCCGAGAUGGAGCCUGGUUCAGCUCUUUUCACGCUUGGUUCAACAUACCACGGUGCCGGAGAGAACAAAUGCGAAAAGGACGAUCCCGACGCUUUGCGGACCCUGUUCGCAGUCUUCGGGCAGAGAGACUACUUCCGUCAAGACCAGGAUGAGGCCAUCUCGACCCCGGUUGAGAUCGCUCGCAAAUUACCAGAAGAUAUUCUCAGACUGUCAGGAUAUUACAAAUCUGUUGGUGGCGUCGGAUAUGUCGAGGAUCACCAGCAUCCUGUUGACUUCCUGCAAAGCAAUGAUACCGGUAUCGGAAAGUAUGGUACUGCUAUGCACGUGGCAAUCUAG